AUGGCCCGCUGUCCACCACAUCACAACAUUGGCCAUAGCAGCGACAACGACGGAACCGAUAGCAGUGUGUCUUUCCGCCUAGACUCGGACAACGCCGUCGGUGUGGAUUUCCCGAUAGACAUCACCGAUGUCACAACUCCGACUUACCUCUACGGCGAGUGGGUGGAGACAAGGGUCGAACCUGUCGGAACUGCUCUAGGCAGCGGUCUACGGGGAGGAAGUCUCACGGGAGUGAGAAAGGAUCUCUUUCUCCAAGCCGCAUGA